AUGUCUUACGAUCGAGUGCUUCCUAACCCCGUUGCUCAUCGCUAUGAGACUGCUCAAGUCACUAGCAACAUCCUCGAUCACAAGAUCAUGAAUGACCUAAAAUCUGUCCCCAUGCAUGACGCCUACGAUCCUCGCGCCGGCGUCCACAGGAUGACCGUGCCCGAGAGAGCUUCCAAGCCCGUGGGGCCCAUGCUUUCCACCAAGGAACUUCCACUGCGAGAUCGAUCCGAUCGGUCCUCUUCCUCCUCUGCCAGCAUUAAUGGCCCCGUCAAGUCGAAGGACUGUGCUAUGCAAUUCUGUCUCUGCCAACCGGAUCCCAAAAUCCCCAGGCCUCGUAAUGCUUUCAUUCUGUAUCGGCAACAUUAUCAAGCCAUGGUUGUGGCUCAUAAUCCGGGUCUGGCUAAUCCUGAGAUCUCCAAAAUCAUUGGAGAACAGUGGAGAUCACUUCCAGAGGACGACAAGGGAAAAUGGAAGGCACUUGCAGAAGAGGAAAAAGCCCGUCAUCAGCAGCAAUAUCCCGACUAUAGAUAUCAACCUCGGCGGUAUGGUCGAGAUGGCAGUGCACGGAGUGCAGUCGGGGGCAUCGGCCAUAACCCAUCUGGCUCAUCAACUUGUAACCGAUGUGGUGGCCGGUUGAUGAAUGCACCAGCUUCACCUAUGACCCCCUUCACCCCAAGCAGUGGCUCUGCAUCUCGUUCAUCGGCUCCAUUCCAAUUAGCCUCGCCCCAUCCAAACAACAUGCCAAGAAGUAUACACGGCCGCGAGAAUGAUAUCUCCAGGUCUGCCAAGAUGGACCAACUCGACCCUCGGUCUCGUCAACGACACUGGGAGGAACCUGGAGGUCGAUCCCCUCCGGACAACAAGCGACGCAGAGUCUCACAGGGUUCCUUCAAGCCAACUUUGCAUCCAUCCUACCGAGAACGCAGUCCCAACAGCGCGAUCCCAAACACACCACACCCUAUAUCUCCUUGGAGUGUUCGACCCGACAUGCCAACUCGCCAUCUCCCAAUGGUCCAACCCCAACGACCUUUCCCCCAUCCAAGUCCAGACCCAAGCCUGAAGCUUCCACCACUCCAAACAACCCAAAUGACACCCGCAACCCCACAAGAAACCCUCAAUACCAGCAUCGAAGCCACAGUCAUGACCAUCCCAUUCCUGAACAAGAUAAAAGUCCUCGCCAGAAUCUCACCUCCUCUCCUCCCCUCCUUCCGCGAAGGCCCACCAUCCCGCGGUCCCGUAAUCGCAAUCGACGGCCAAGACCCAGCCCUCGUCCAAACAACAAUCACCUACCUGGACAACCUCCUCAAAAAGGAAUCAAAAUACCACGUCCGCACCUUCGAAGGGCCCGAAAUCAAACCCCGCAAAGAAGGCCAAAUGACAGACGGAACAGUCGACUACCUCAACAUCAUCUCAGCCUGGCACCGCAUCUCAGACGACAUCGUCAGUUUCGUCAAAUCCGUUUCCCGCGCUGGCUCAAUCGACCAUUCAGACGAGGACCCUGCAAACAUCUCACCGCGCACUUCCCUAGUUCCCAAAGCAGCCUCCCUGUCCAUCCACUCCCCAGCCCAGUCCUCUGAGUGCUCGGAGAUCAGCGCUGCCUCUGUCUCCUCACACUAUGCUGUGCCUGUCGCGCUGGUUCCGCGCUACCAGCUUUCCACUGCCGAUGCUUUUGCUUGCGCGACUCCCAUUGGGGAUUCGUACGCACCACUCGAUCACUGGCAGUGGAUGGCUUCGCUGUGGCGGGCUUGUGUCGGUCCAGAUAUCACUGUCUAUGUGAGAGAGAGUGGGAAGGAAGAGAUUGAGAGGAUGGGGGCUGUCGAGGUCCGGCUACAGGAUGCUAGGACUGUUGUGCUGAGGAAGGUUGCUGGGAAGGAUUUGGAGGAGAAGGCGCUUAAGAGGAUGGGUUUUGAGAUUGAGGAUUUCUUGACGCAGUAG